GUCUGCUCGGCAGACUUGCUGCAGCUGAUCGGAGGGCUCCUGGCCGUGAGCCCCGCCGAUCGCACGACGGUCGGCGAGUCCUGCUUCGAGCCCGAGGAGAUCGGGCCUCGGCCCUCGCGUCGACCUGGCUGCACGGCACCGGGGAGAGGGAGGAGCGGGAGGCUUGCCAGGCGGCCCUGCGCGGCACCGCGUCCACGGCCUCCCUGAGCACCAUGGCCUCGAAGGACGACGACGAGGACGCGGUCACCGCGGGGGUGGCCUCGAAGGACGACGGGGGAUGGCUCGGAGACGCCUAUGACGUUCGACUCCAAGUCCGACGAGGAGGAGGACUCGACCCCCCCGCGGAGCGGCCCGGCGUCGCCCUGAGCCCACGCGGGCGCCCGCCCGCCUCCCUCGCGGGGCGCGGGUGCGCGCCCCGGGGGCCGGGUCCGCGCCUGCUGCACCUUGUGGCUGGCGGCGCAAGGAACCCGGGCUCAGCCACGCGCAGAGGGGGGCUCAAGCAGUGGCGAAGCGUCUUGGCGUGCCCACAGUCCUCCGCCGACUUGGCACAGGAGCCCUUCGCGCGAGGGCCCGCCGGCCGCCCCUCGCGCCCCGCCGGGGCCUUUUGCACGCGCGCGCCGGGGGGCGAUCCUGGCCGGACCCUCUGCGCAUUCGCGGGCCCGUGGCUUGCCAGGGGGGGUAGGCUCGGUCGCCCCCCCCUCUGGGCCACUGCGGCCUUCGCGCAGCGCUUCCGUGUGUAUAUAUUUUUCAUGUUGGGGGUCGCGAUUGCAGAGCGCCUCCUUAGCGCCUGA